CAAAGGGAAACGAUUAAACUGUAGCGUUUUCAAUUCUCGCGCAAGAGCGGAUAUUUCGCCUUUGUAUGAUCAGUGUAACUGAAGCGUGGGAGCGUCUGAUUUAACACUCGAGAAUUCACGCCUUUUGCACGUACCAGAUCAGUGAUGGAGGAGGGUCUAGGGAACCCUGUGGCUAAGAAGACUAAAGAGGAGUCUGGUAGUGUCCUUCUCACUUACUUCCAAGGAGACAUCAACAGCAUGGUGGAUGAACAUUUCUCCCGUGCUCUGAGUCAAGCAAAUAAACCGAAGGAGGAAGGCUCCAACAUCAAAAGAAAUCAUAAAGUUGCUCAAACAAAUGGACUUUCAAGUCAAUGGGAAGCAGAGUCACAAGCCAGGUUUCAGUCCUUGUUUCCUCCGGAACAUCUCCAGCAAGGAACAAGCAGGGAGGUUCAAUCCCACCAUCACAUGCCACCAAAUCACCCUGCAAACAGUGCUAUUCUGUGGUCAGGGGAUUCCAGGCAGGGAUUGAGUGUUGUACUGCCCCCCAUGAUGUACCCCUCGGCUGUAUCCUCUGGUGGUUUGAUGGUAGCAGAACAUCAGUACUCUAAUUCAAUGUUAAAUUUCCUCCACAACGAUCACCCUGAUGUGGGCACAGUAGUGCGACCCUCCUCCAAACAAAACCUUGCAUCUGGAUGGACCAAGUAUCCUGGAUUUGGCGAUCAGAUGACUGAUAUGAAUCUUAAUUCUGGUGUACAGGCGACUGAGAAAAAGGAUCUUUUUUGGAUUUAACAAGGUUAUUUGAGAUUUAAAAGGAAGAACAAAGAAGUCUUUCAUCACUUUUUCAUCGUUUAACUGAACAAGUGACUAAUGGACCUUGCAAUGCUUCACCUGGAGGCGUCUGCACAUCCAACCUGUUCAGAAACAAGCUCUUCAUGUACCACAGCACAGAAGAAGAUUGUACAAGAGAUUGGCCUCAGGCUCUGUGGUUAAAGACGUUUUACACGCACACAGGAACACACACUAAAUCUAUGUUUUACAUACAUACAUACAUUCAU